AUGAGGACUGUCGCAUUCUUUUCUAUAUUUGGCUUCAUCAAGCUCUGCAGCGCUGGUUGGCCGUGCUGUUUAAGAGGUUUAAGACGCUAUGAUGUAAACUACCCUUAUUAUGGAGAGGAAAUGGAAACAACCAGCAAUGAUACUACCCAAGAGGCUCCUGAUACAGCAGAGUCAGCUAUUCCAGGGCCCUCUGGUGUAGCUCCUCAGAAUGUUGCCACUGGCGGGGCAGAGACUCAUACUGCUCCUCUUCCUAAAGCCCCCUCUGAAGAUAAAAUGACACCUCAACUCAUUGAUAUAGACAUAAACUAUCCUGAAGAAUCCAUUUUAACUACAAGGGAGCACCGGGUUUAUGGAUUAAGACACAAGGCAUUUGUCCCAAAUUCUGAUGUUGUCAUAAGCUCGGUAUCAGAAAAUGAAAGGCAUCUUUGGAAGGCUGUUGAGGGUGAAAAGUGUACCAUAGUCGAACUAUUUGAGGGAAAAUAUAUUCUCCUUGGAAUUGCCAUAGAGGCUGAUGGAUCCACGAGACCCAUGUUUUUUGAGAAUCUAAACGGAGAAUGGAAGAGGAUAAGCGAUGAGUGCUUUUAUGAAAAAUCUGAAGCAAUGGUAACUGUACCAGAGGAGGCUCCACCCCAAUCUCUACCAGCACCUCCUGCUCUUCGGUACUUUCCCAUGACUGAUGGAGGAGUUACUCUUUUACAUUACAAAACGGACAAGAGGAGAUGGGGAAAGAUUAAAGAUGUUUCAGAUGGUCUUGUGGAUGUUCCAGUGUCUACAAGUGUCAAGGUUCCCAAGGUGAUUGAGGGGCCAGAUGGAGCAAAACCCAGCAUUCCAUCAACACCCUCUAAUGAUGCAAUAACAGCAGGCGCUGAGGCUGCAAAAGGUACACGUACUACAAAGGAUAAAACCACCGGGUCUGGAAUAUGA